UGUGUUAAUUUAGAUUAGAUUUAGAUUUUUUUAAAUAACGCAGAGACUGUUACUGUGCUGUCAGGUUGACGGUGGAGGUUUGUCCUGAGAUGCUCAUGUUGAAUAUAAAGAGUGAAAAGUUUUUCAUAUAAAAUAUAUUGAACAUAUUUUUUCAUUGAUAUAAUUCAUUUUGAUUUAAAACAUGUUUGGAUGCUUUUCACAGAAAAAAGGUGUGAUUAAUUUAGAUUCAAUUAAUCACUUAACAGCCCUGUUUUUUCCCCCUCAAAAUUCUGACCGGCUGCUGCAGCAGCAACAUGUUGCACCGUGGACAUCAAGAGUCAAAGUGUGGUGGACGAGGAGUUUGACUCUUCACCUGUGUGUUCAUGUGUGCUGUCAAACAUCACCAUGACUCCUGUCUGUUUCUAACAAACACUAUCUAAAGGAAACAAGCUGCGUUCAUGCAAACAUUUAUCUGAACCAACAAUCUUCACACAGACAACUUUUUUUCUUCACCUUGAGAAAACGUCACAAACAGUCGGUGGGACUGUCCACAGUGUGGACUUGAGUCGCUGUGAGGAAGUAGAUUCAUCUUUUCAUCAUUUAACUCCCAGCAGCUUCCAGACUGUGACAGUUAACAGCCGAGAAGAGACAGAAGACGGACUGAAGCACGAUGGUUGAAUUCUGGAUUCAAAUGUCUUCAUUUCUGAUUCUGCUGCUUCACUUUACAGCAGCAGUGACUGGAAAAUCUGUUGUUGUCAGAGUUGGAGAUGAAGUCACUUUGCCUUGUGGAAAUGUGAUUGGUAAUCAGGACAAAUGUGAGCGUACUGACUGGGUCUUCAAUGCUCCAAGAAACAGAGAAACAGUAGAGCUGAUUAAAAAUGGACAGAUUGGUGAAGAAGCCAAAUCUAAAUCAGACAGACUGAGUGUUACACAGAACUGUUCUCUGGUUAUAAAGAAGGUCACACAUGAAGAUGCUGGUAUCUACGACUGCAGACAGUUUGAAUCAGGAUAUACAGACCAUCGAGUUUAUCUGUCUGUUGUUACCAUGACUGAACACGAGAACAAUGAUGAGGUGACGUUGUCCUGCUCUAUGCCACGAUGGUGUAAUCACAGAGUGGAGUGGGUGUAUGAGGGUAAAGUUAAAGACAAGGAGACAUCACAGCGUAGGUGCUCAGUUAAUUUGACCUAUAAGAAGCAGGAGUCAAAGAAGUACAAGUCACUUAACUGUGAAGUGAAGAAUCUUUACAAUGGACGAGUGCAGCAGUUUCCCUUCAGCCGUCAGACCUCAGGUGAGAAACCAGGUGAGCUCAUGAUGAGCUGUUUAAAGUCACUUCAUCCUGAUGGAACAAACUAUAUUUGAUGAUUUGUUUGAUGUUUGAAGUCAGAAGAUGACAUCAUUCUUUCUCAUUUAUAGAAAUUAGGUCAUUUCUUCAUUCAACAGUUUGUUUGUUUACAUGUCUUUUUAUUGGGUUUUUGGUUUUAAUGCAAUAAUUGACAGGAUAAGUCUAUUCAGGGUUUUUGGAUUUUUCAGGUGAUGCAGCAACAACGAUGGCAGCAACAACGAUGGCGGCAACAACGAUGGAGGCAACAAUGAUGGCGGCAACAACACAAGAGGGGGCCUCAAACUUCUGACUUUCCUGAUUCCUUCAAACAUCACGCAAACUUUUGUUAUUCGGCAUCGGGGUGGUACUGCUCAGCUGUGUGGUGUGACGGAUAUGGAGUCCUCAGACACUCGAGGAAGCUUCACGGGCACAGACUGGUCCUUGAUUGGACCUCUUGCUUCCCUGGUCUUGCAAAUUGUGCUGCGAGAUCCUCAGGAAUGGGGAUCUUCAGCACCUGAUCCACGUAUGGACCAGAGUCUAGGAAAACCUUCUCAAAGAUGAUGGAAAAAAAUUUUUGAGAAAGAAAGUCAGAAAAAAAGUCAGAAUUCUGAGUUUUAGAGACAGAAGUCCUUAAAUUUCCCCCCAAAAAUCUGACUUUUUUCAAACAAUCCUGACUGAGAAAAAGACU